AUGAAGCAAAAUUUUAUUUUUGUCAUCACUUUAUUGACUAUAUUUUCAAUAGUCAACGCUUUUCCACGUCAAUUUUAUAAAAGAGAUACUAUUUUUAAUCCAUGCACUACUGGAUCUCCAGACACAAUCACUGUAACAAUUACACCUGAUCCUCUCGUCGCUGGACCUAAUGUUUUUAAUGUUACUGGAACGCUAACGAAUGGAACCAUCGACACAGGUUCUGAAUUACUCAUUCAACUUCAAGAUGACGCUGGUGAGGUCAUUGGUGAACCUUUUCCUUUUGACAUUUGUGCUAAUGUCACGUGUCCAGCCACAGCCACAACCUUUAGUUUACAGGAAGAAAUUCAAAUAGAUACAUUACCUGAAGAAUAUAAUAUUCAGGUCCAGAUUAAUGAUGCAGAUGGCAAUACUUUAGCCUGUGCCACAAGCACCG